GCAACAAAAGUGUUUCCGAUAGUGAUGGUGGUCGAGGCGUUUUUCUGGAGGGGACGCGCGCUAGCACCUGAAGAAAUUGAAAAGCUGCCAAAUCUGCUUCUUCUCUCAGGUCCUCCUUCCUGCGGCAAAACCUCUCUUCUUUUUCAGUUUGCAUUCAAUGUGGCUAUAUCACUCACCAACUCUACCACUUCCAAUGUCUUCUUCAUCUGCAACCGCCACAAGUUGGAUUCUAAACCCCCUUUUCUUUCUCAGGGCAUUGAUGGGUCUUCUGAUGUCUUCAACCGUAUACAAAUGAAGUAUGUGAAUGGUGAUGAGGACAUCAACAAGUACUUUGCUGCCUUCCAUCUGUAUGAUGUAUUGCCUGCUGCUGUUAUAAUUGAUGAUUUUGCAGAUUUCUUUGAUAAUAGGAUCUGCCAAGAACGACAUUGUAAUCCUCGUGGAAGAGAUUUGGCGAUGGUCAGGAGUCUAGCUUUAUGUCACAAUGCAAUUACUUAUGCAAAUCAAAAAGGAUCUUGCAAACUUCUAUUAUCAGAUACAUACCAUGGAGACUCCCCCAGGUUGCAUUUCAUCUAUAAGAAAUGGAUACCCUCCAUUUUUACAGUCAAAGAAGGAGAUGAAGCCGGAUCAUUCACUCUAAAGGAUAGGAGUUCUUCAGGAACUGAGAACCCUGAUGGGACAAAAGUUGCCAAGUACUCCAUAGCUCUUCAGUAUCUGUUCUUAGAGCGAAUUGUUGAAGACCAAACAGACUAAAUUUUUCAUCAUGUGCAAAAUCACGACUUUGUGCCAUCUCUAACUGGAUGAUACUGAUACUGAUUGUUUCCUUUUCAGCGAUUAUACUUGUAUCUCUGCACACAUCCACUUAACUAACCAUAUGAUCCUUAAGAUAUUAUUAACUUAAUUUCUGUUUGUAAGUUCCCUAUUUUUCUCAUCACUUAGUUGAGUUCUAUGCUUUCCAAUGGACUACCGAUUUAUUAAACUAAUCUGUGGCACAGAAUGGUGCCACCAAGUGACAUCACCAACAAGAAAACUCGUGUACUUUGGCUCUUA